CAGUUUCAGUAAUCUUAGAUUGCAUGGCAUUAUGUAUUUCUUUUAUGUUAAUAAUCUUUGUGUUUUCUAAGUUGCUUGCUGUAAUGGGAUGUGAGUUUUUUAUUUUUUUGUGAUCUGGGUAUACCUGCUUUUGCUGUGAAAUUCAUAAAUUUAGUAGCUUUAUGGGUUUGUUCCCUUUGAUCUUCAGAUUACGAUCAUCAUACACUUUGGUUUUAUCGCAGUGUUGAACUCAAUUAAGACUCCAAGCGCACAGUGAUUGUUUUUUAGUAAUUAUGUAUGAUGAGCCCUGAUGUUAUAUGAAAUUCAUCUGAAUUAUGAAUUUUGUGGACUGUAAAUGGUAAAGAUUUUUAAUCCCCUAAGGUAAUUCAAUGCCCAUGAGCUGCAAGUGGACGGCUAUAUCAUGUUUACUCUUCUGACCAAUAAUUGAAAACUUUCUGUUGCCCAGAUGGUUGUUAUAUAGUUUUGCCUGAUCUUCCUUUUUGGCUAAAAACUUAAAGGUAACAUUGCGUUUAUUCUUUUUAUUCUGUCUAAAUUUUGAUCCUUUUCUCGUCGGAAUAGUGCUGUUAAACUUGUUGGAAGCAUGGCUCUUUCCGGAGGUCACAAAGAUAGAGAGUUGAGAGUUCAUGAAAGUUUGGAUGAGCUUAGCACUGAUUUGGCAGACUACAUUGCUGAACUAUCAGAGGCAUCAGUGAAGGAGCGGGGUGUCUUUGCAAUUGCUUUAUCUGGUGGUUCUCUCAUUGGCUUAAUGGGGAAACUCUGCGAAGCUCCUUAUAACAAGACUGUAGACUGGGCCAAAUGGUAUAUAUUUUGGGCUGACGAGCGUGUUGUGGCAAAAAACCAUGCUGAUAGCAAUUACAAGCUUGCAAAGGAUCGCCUUUUGUCUAAGGUACCUAUAAUUCCCAGUCAUGUGCAUUCUAUUAAUGACACAGUGUCAGCAGAGGAGGCUGCUGAUGAUUAUGAGUUUGUCAUUCGUCAGUUGGUGAAAUCUCGUGUGAUCAGCGUGUCUGAUAUAAGUGACUGCCCCAAAUUUGAUCUCAUCCUCCUGGGAAUGGGGCCUGAUGGCCAUGUUGCCUCGCUAUUCCCUAACCACUCGGCGCUUGAGGAGAAAGAUGAAUGGGUAACUUUUAUAACUGAUUCCCCCAAGCCUCCACCUGAGCGAAUCACAUUCACUUUGCCCGUCAUCAACUCAGCAUCCAAUGUAGCUAUAGUCGCAACCGGUGACAGCAAAGCAGAGGCUGUGCACCUGGCAGUCGAUGACGUGGGAUCUGACUCCCCAUCAGUGCCGGCAGGGGUUGCCCAGCCACUGAAAGGGAAGUUGGUGUGGUUUUUGGACAAGGCAGCUGCCUCAAAACUUGAGGGUUCCCAAUUUUCUGCAUAGGGUCGAAAUCUCAUCAUGUCCAAGUGUAUGUUUGUAUGUAGUGGAGGGAUUCAACACCUGUGAUUCUAUUUCGUUUUCGUUAGCCACCUUUUGUUCAAGCUUUUGGGCUAAUCUCCCCAUUUUGCCUUGCCUUCCUCUCUAGUUUAGUGGGGUUUGGAGAAGUGUGAUUACUAUCCUUUUGUAAGAAGAGGUCAAUAAAGUUGGGGUCUUAAUGCAAAAGCCAUUUCUGGUUCUAUUUGCUUAUAGGAAUGGCUCAAGGUCGAUGGAUGAUGUUCUCAUUGGUAAACCAACCCAUGGACAUUUUGAAGAGUAGCCUACGGAUAUUCAGCAAAGGUCUUGUUUUUUGGCCC